CGCCACCCCUCUGCCUGCCGCCACCGCUUUGACAGCUUUGUUGUCGUCCAGUGGCCACCUCCCGUGACAUAUAAACAUCGUCCACGCCCACUGCUGCCAUGCACGAGCCGCCUCCCGCUGUCUCCGCCUCCCCCUCCAACACCCCGCCGCCCUCCCCCGGCCACAAUCACCACCACGAUCGCGCGCACCCUCCCCUGCAGCACAUCGCGACCCUCCUCCCGCACCCGCCGCACCCCCACCUCCCCCACCAUCUCCACCACCACUCGAUGUACUCCCCGAGCUCGCGCGCCGCGGACAUCUCGCGCCUCCUCGACCCCGCCUACGCGAGCGGCUCCUCGUCCUCCGACUCCUCCACGCAAACCCGCGCCUCCGGCUGGGCGAGCCCCGCGUACCGCGCCACGCUCCCCCUCGACGCGAAACACACCCACGCUCACGCCCAGACGCGCGCGUACGUCGACCACCGCGGCGACCUCCACGACCCCGACUACCGCGACUUCCCCGUCUUCCCCACCCCGACGCGUCGCACGCGUUCCCACAACUCACACCGGCCCAGCGGGAGCACCGCCGCCGCCCGCCGCUCGCGGAGCGCGAGCCGGCCGCGCUACGCGCCAUCGUACACGCUCGCGCGCCCGGAGUGGGAGCGCGAUUGGACGACGGAACCGGGUGCUGAUACGGAUGAUGAGGAGGACGAGGUGACGGACGCCGAGUCGCAGAGCCAUUAUUCGCCCCUGGCGAGCGCGUCGCGCGCGUCCCCUCGGCGCGCCGUUACGAUCCACACGACCCAGCCUUACACUGGCUACUCGCCGUACUCUGAUUACUACGCGGACCCACAACCACUCCCAUUCGCCGCGUCCCCCAGCGGCUCGCAUGAGUCUCCGAUCACCGAGUCGCCCCUGGAGGACUCGCCGUUCGACGAGGACGAGCUCGACGCGUCUGAAGACACUGAGCGCAAGAGGAAGAAGCGGCAGAGCAGCGGGCGUAGCUCCGUUCUGCGCAAGAGACGCGUUACCGACUCGAAGGAAGAUGUCGUGCCUGAAGACAUCGACGGUAGCGAGGACGCCGAAUUGGACGGCGAUAUGACGAUGGACAAGGAAGACAGGCCACUACACAAGGCGCGAUUCACCAUCGCGUGUGAGCCGGGAGACGACGUACCAUCGUGCUCAGCGAGUCUGCGGCAGCAGUGGAUAGCGUUCUCACUGCGCAUACGCUUCGGGCUCUUCCACGCCAGGCGGCGACUGGGCAUCCGGAGUAGGAGACAGUCCACCUCGGACGUGUCGUAAGUUAUCCUGCGCCGCCGCCUUGGUCGUCGGCUUUCCGGACCCCGUCGCCUCUCGUUCAUCACCGCGCAAGUGCCUGCUUUGUCGUCCGUCGGCUUCCGCCAUUCGGACUCUGGCCCGGAGCGUAUGACACAAGGUCAUAGGCAGUUCUCUAUCCGGGAUCCUGGCCGUCCACUCCACCGUCAGCACGUCUCGUCGGUCCGGUUUCUUCCUGCCCUCUCUGUCUCAGCUAUCCACUUUCGUCUCGCUCUCAGUUGUAUCAAGGCCUCCCCUCAUCGAUUUCUCUCCACUCUCACAUGCGCCCUCGUCCAGGUUUCUCAUCGUCAUCGCGUUGCAUUAACUCGACUCUCACAUCGGACGCGCCCUCAGCACAUAGUCCACCUAUAUCGGACAUACCU